UUCCAUGUACAUAAUAUUAAAAACGCUUUUGGUCCCAUAGCCCAACAGAUUAAUCAAUUCCAUUAUAAAAACGGAUACGCUAGUCUCAAACUUACAAGCCAACUCAAUCAUUUCACUUAAUUUGCUACAGGAAAACUAUAGCUUACACUAAGAGAUAGUGAGAACAUGUCUCAGGGAAGAGGCAGUGCAUCUAUAAACAUAAUCACUUUGAUUUCACUGCUGUGCCUUUUGGUUCUUGCAGAACGAGCUAAUGCAGCAACUUACACUGUUGGAGGACCUGGUGGGUGGACCUUCAACACUAAUACUUGGCCUGAUGGUAAAAAGUUUAAAGCUGGUGAUGUGCUCAUAUUCAAGUAUGAUUCAACGACACACAAUGUAGUUGCCGUGGACAAAAGUGGAUACAGCGGUUGUAAGACGCCGGGAGGUGCUAAAGUGUUCAGUACAGGGAGUGACCAAAUAAGGCUAGGAAGAGGUCUGAAUUACUUCAUAUGCAACUUUCCUGGUCAUUGUGAAUCUGGGAUGAAGGUUGCCAUCAAUGCAAGUUAAAUGACUUCAUUGGUUACUUUAUUAAUUAAUUAGCAAGGGGUCUCGAUCUCAAAAAUAACACCAUCAGUACUAGUUAAUUAUAUGUUUCGUCAAUUAUGUAUGUAUGUAUGUAUUAAUUUUGUAUUUCCUGCAUUGAUCUAUCAUAUGAAUCACAUAAUAAUAAUAAUAUUGUAAAGGGGGUGGGAGAGUGAGGUGGCUUUUUAUAUAUAUAACUUGUAUGUUUGAUUUUUUUAGUUUGUGUGGUGUGCUGUGCUGUGCUGUGCUGUGAGAGAAUAUAUAUGAUAGAGAUUUUUAACUAUAUAGGGAAUUGGAGAUAUUAGUCCAUCACUCACGGACUCUUGUUGGACUUUGGAUCUGUAUCUAUAUAAUGUGAAAUAGUUAAAAUCUAAAUUUGAUAGGACUUUGGAUCUCUAUCUCUAUAA